AUGGGCCGCUCUAACGGAUGCGAAGCGAACAGAAAACGAGCAGACGCCGCCAAGCGGGCAGAAAAAUAUGCGAAAGAUGGUAUAGCUGCAGUUUUUCUGUAGUAAUAAUUAAACAGGUCCUGCUCAUCCAGUCCACCUCAUUCGCUUAUAGCAACUGUAGCUGUUUCUGUGAAUCGCAGGAACGGAUCAUGAAAACGAGCAGAAAUUAAAAUUAUACACCUCAAAAAAAAAACCCAGGUAAAUCGCAGCUCGACGCCAACGCAAAAUGCAUGACCCUGCAGUGCCAGGUGUGCCUGCAGAGUUUCAUGUCAACGCAGCUGAAGAUGGCCAAGAUGCACCACGAGCAGAAACACGGCAACAAAAAAUGGGAAGAGUGUUUUCCCGGACACCCGCAGCCCGCGGCGUAGUGAAGGGCGAGAGUUUCUCUACACCAGAUGCUGCUCAAUAAUUCCUUCUCAACAUCCUCGUGCAACUUUUCUACUUAAUAAUACCAAAAACGCGACAACCACCAGUGCGGCUCGGAAGAUGAACUAGCUUUUGCUCCUUUGUCAUGACGGGACGCAACGACGGGCCACCACCACGUGCAGGAGCUCCCCGACUGCUCGUCGUCGGGGAAACGAAAAUGGUGAGUAAAGAGAUGGAUGCUAGGACGACCCACAAUGGUGUGGUGCACGACAUGAUUGAAAAUGAAAAUGAACUUUGACGCCAUUCUCAUUUGCAAUAAAUCUUUUGACAGCAUGGAAAUACGUACUUGGACGAGGCCUACACACUCAUCCUCAAGACAACACAAGAUGAAGACGAGCUAUAGCUGCUGGUUUAGAAAAUUUUCUCCCCUAAACAACAAAAGUUUGCUCAUGGUUUGGCGCGAUUAUUUUGAUUUUCCAUCGUCGUGACUCUGACACCUCGUCUCCACUUUGGAGGUAGGUUGGUCACGGACUUUUAACAAGCAAAAAAAUGCGAAAUAAC